AUGGCGGCAGCCGGAGGUGCGCUGGCAUGUGGCGCCACAAUUGGCUGGUCAUCGCCAGCACAAGCCGAGUUGACUGGUGAAAACGAUUAUGGAAUAACAUUCUCGACAAACGAAUACGCCUGGAUUGGUUCUCUAAUGACAUUGGGCGCGGCAACUGUGUGUCUGCCCGUUGGCGUACUCAUCACAAUAAUCGGCCCCAAAUGGACAAUGAUGUUCAUGGUCAUACCCUUCGAGAUCGGUUGGGCGCUAAUGAUAUUUGCACAGAAUCAAAUAAUGAUGUAUAUUGCGCGCUUUUUAACGGGCAUGGCAGGUGGUGCCUUUUGUGUUUGCGCGCCCAUGUAUUGCACAGAGAUAUCGCAAAAGGAGGUACGCGGUAUUAUUGGUAGCUUCUUUCAAUUGCUCAUCACUACCGGCGUGCUGUACGGCUUCGCGGUUGGUGCCUUCACAAAAGCCUUCUGGUUCAGCAUCAUAUGCGCACUGCCACCGCUUGUAUUCGCCAUUGUAUUUAUUUUUUGUCCAGAUUCACCAGUAUUUCUCGUGCGAAAAGGAAAGCUUGAACCAGCAAUCAAAUCAAUGGAAUGGUUGCGCGGCAAGGAUGUCGAUUUUAGCGCCGAAUUGAAUGAAAUCAAAGCAAAUCACGCAGAAAUGAAAGAGAACCCAGUAAAUUUGGGUAAUGCGUUGUGUCGCAAAGUUACGCUCAAGGCAUUUGGUCUGUCCGUAUCGUUGAUGGUACUCCAACAGUUCUCCGGCAUUAAUGCAGUGAUUUUCUAUUCGUCAAGUAUCUUCCAAUCGACUACCAGCAAUUUGGAACCCAGAUUUGGUACGAUUAUUAUUGGUGUGAUGUUGGUCGUGGCAACCGUUGUUUCGCUAUUUAUCAUCGAUAGAUAUGGUCGCGUUCCACUUUUACUGCUCUCAUCCGUUUUUCAAGUGAUCUCUGUUGCCUGUCUCUCGCUUUAUUUCUUCUUGAAGGAGAGUGAUGAAAAGUCGGUGGAGAAUUUAGGUUGGCUGCCGCUACUCAGUAUUUGCAUAUAUAUUUUACUGUUCUCGGUUGGUUUUGGUCCGGUGCCAUGGGUAUUCAUGGCGGAAGUUUUUCCGGAUGAUAUCAAAGGUAUUGCUGGGUCUCUGUCUGCCACAACCAAUUGGGCGUGUGCUUUCAUUGUGACUCAAGUUUUUCCCGUCUUAAAUGAUGCUAUUGGCGGUGGAGCUUGUUUUGCCAUAUUCGCUAUCAUAUCGGCAGUGGGAGGAGUCUAUAUAUUUUUCUUCAUACCAGAGACCAAGGGAAAGACUUUUGCGGAGAUCCAAGCCGAAUUGGCUGGAGAGAAUUGA